CUAACAUGGCCGUCACCAGAGAGAGAGUCCAAGGAUUUUGAGACGUAUAUUAUUUGAUUCUGCUUAAACUCUUUUGAUGAUUGACGAUGCCACUUGCUGGUCGUUGAUGUUGCAGCUCUAUAACAUCCCUUUGAAUGUAAGAAGAGAGAAGCCACACCCACUCAUUGAUUCCAGUUCCCUGGGCACGACUACAGCCCUGACAUCCGUCCCUCAGACUGGCAGUCCCCGCUGGUCCAGCAUCUUGGAGCUGGGGGCCACAGUUGCCUACCUCUGCCAGCCGGACUGGGAUCGGGACAAGUGUGGACCGUAACUACCAGCUCUGGGCAUCUCGACAGAGCAUGGUGAGAGACGGCGGCUGCCAUGGAGCUACAGGAUAAGAAACAGGAGGAGGAGGCGACUCCACUGGGACUGUCCACGGCUCAGGCUCUGUGCACCCUGCGGGACCAGCUGUCCAACUUACUGGGACAACACCAGAAAUCCAGCCGGCGUAGAUCCACCGUACAGGAGCUGUGGGCUAAGAGCUUCCUUCAUCAUGACAGCCGGCAUUCGUGCUUCCAUUGGCCAGGAGCUGUUCUCACUCUGGUUGUGGUGGUUGGACUGUUGUGUUGUUAUGGCAGUCAGCCGGCAGGCAGUCAGGGCAUAGUGUUAGUGAACGCGGGUGCACUCUUCCUCCUCCUGCUGCUAAACCUCCUCCUCAUCAGGCGGCAGCAGAGCUUACGGAUGAGUGAGAUGGUGCGGAAGCUCAAGUCCAUCAUCUCACAGUUGAACGAUUAUUUGGAGAGAAGUGCCGGACAUCCAAUCAGAUGGGCCCCCUCUUUGUAUCCUGACCGCUACACCCCCACUUCCCCUUCCUGGUCACUGCAUUGGACGUUCAGAGACGAACAGCUGGUUAAUCUACCUGUCAGUCUUCUGGUGGAAGGUGAUGUCAUCGCUCUUAGACCGGGUCAGGAAGCCUUUGCAUCUCUCAGAGGCAUCAAGGAUGACGAACACAUCGUGCUGGAGCCUGGAGACCUUUUCCCACCGUUCUCUCCUCCUCCCUCCCCGCGUGGGAAUGAGCGGAGGGGCCCCCACAGUCCCCAGCAGUACCGCCUCUUCAGGGUGGUGCGCACACCUAUACUCGACAGCGUCAGGAACAGUCUUGACCUGGCUCUCUCCCGUCCUGUCACAGCCCUUGAUAAUGAACGGUUCACAGUGCAGUCCAUCAUUGGCAAAUUCGCCUGUCCUGCUGUAUUGGUGGCCUUUUUCUGUGUUAACACAAUCCGGUUCUUCUGUGACACUCCUGGUCUCACCCCUGGACCCUUCAACUUCCUUCAGUUGCAGAUGAUGGGUGUAUUGCCUAUUUUACCUCUUUUGUUUCCUGUGAUGUGGAUUCUGGUGAAUGCGUACGGAGAGGCCCGCGUGUUAGCCGAGUCCAGCCGUAACUCUCCCACUGGCCUGCUUGCUAAGUUCUCAGAGGACACUCUAAGCAGCUACACGGAAGUGGUGUCCUCCCAGGAGAUGCUUCGCUGUGUGUGGAGACACCUGGUCAGUGUGUUGAAGGGAGAGUCCCAGACCCUCUGUUAUACCUCCAGUCUGCUGCACUCGUUGGGUUCAGUCACUGUGCUGUGCUGUGUGGAUAAGCAGGGCAUUCUGUCCUGGCCCAACCCCAGUCCCGAGACCGUGCUGUUCUUCAGCGGACGAGUCGAACCUCCUCAUGACAGCCAGGAUGACCUCAGAGACGACCUUUCAGUCACCUCCCUCUGCAGGACAGAGGGCGAGGAGGAAAGAGACGAGCCUCAGGAAUGCGAAGCACUGCUGUGUUUACCAGCGUUCGAACCCUCGCUUCACAUGGCUGAGCAGGAACCCAGCGAGACGUCACAUGAUACCUCAGACACCCAGCGUCAGCGUCGAGGACCCCAAACCACCCGUUCCAAACACCCUUCAGGAUCCAACGUCAGUUUCAGCCAUGACAUUGAGGGUGGUGAUAAUGACAUCGCUCAGCAGUGUGGUGUAGGUGAUGAUCUGUGUGAAGCGGAAGAUUUUGUGUGCGACUAUCAUCUGGAGAUGUUGAGUCUGUCCCAGGAUCAGCAGAACCCUGUCAGCAUUCAGUUUGAUGACUCCAGUUGGCAGAAUCACCUGCCCUCUUUGAAGCCUCUGGGUUUGAACAUCCUAUUGAACCUGUGCAAUGCCACCGUCACCCAGCAGCUCUGCAGAUUUUCAGACCACUUGUCAAACAUGGCGCUGCAGGAAUGCCAUGGGGAGGUUCUACCAGUUCAUGUUCCCUGGGGCCUCUGUGAACUAUCUCGCCUUAUAGGUUUCACUCCAGGAGCGAGGGAACUCUUUAAGCAUGAGAAUCAUCUGGCACUGUAUCAGCUUCCUUCCGGAGAGAAGGCCAAAGAAUCUGCUCCCCGGCGCCUCCAACACUUCACCAAACGCCAGCCCCCCAUCAGUCACCUCAUCAGUCUGUUCGUCAGGGACAGCACUACCAAUAAUGUACAGAUGCUCUCCCACGGCUCGGCCGACCUCAUCCUGGAAGCCUGCACGGAUUUCUGGGAUGGGGCGGACAUCUAUCCGCUGUCUGGCUCGGAUAGGAAAAAGGUUUUAGAUUUCUACCAACGUGCCUGUCUGUCAGGAUAUUGUUCUGCAUUCGCCUAUAAGCCUAUGCAGGUGACAUUGUCUGGACAGCUCAAUGGAAAAUGUGUGGAGCUGGCUUCAGGCCCCACGCUCUUUUCUGGGGUGGAGCUUCCCAGUACCACCCCCAUCAAACACGGCAGCCGCAGGAACAGCUGGAGCUCUGAUGAGGGUAUUGGAGAAGGUUUGGAGAAGGAGGACUGCGUGCAGGCUCUGAGUGGCCAGAUCUUCAUGGGAAUGGUGUCGUCCCAGUUCCAGGCCCGACUGGACACUGUGCGGCUCAUUGAGAACCUGGUGGGAGCCUGUAUCCGCUUUGUGUACUUCUCCAUGGAGGACGAGCUGCGUAGCAAAGUGUUUGCAGAGAAGAUGGGUUUGGAGACGGGCUGGAACUGUCACAUCUCUCUGACCCCAAACGGAGAUGGUCACUGCGAUGGUGCUCCAUCCAGCCCGAGCCAAGCAGGAUCUCUACACGAUGACCUUCUUCACGAUUCUCGUGAUGAUGCAGAGGGCCCACUACUGCCUGAGGACCAAUCAGAUCUCGCCAGCUUCCAGCCUACUGACAGUGAUGUGCCCAGUUUCUUAGAAGACUGCAACAGAGCCAAACUGCCUCGUGGCAUUCAUCAGGUUCGCCCACAUUUGAAGAACAUGGACAAUGUGCCUCUUCUGGUACCCCUGUUUACAGACUGCACCCCAGAAACAAUGUGUGAAAUGAUGGAGAUCAUGCAGGAGAACAGAGAGGUGACGUGCUGUUUGGGGAGCUCUGCAAACUUCCGUAACAGCUGCCUUUUUCUGCAAAGUGACAUCAGUAUCUCCCUGGAUCCUCUGUACCCGUCCCGGUGCUCAUGGGAGACAUUUGGGUAUGCUGCGGGUUGCGGGCCGAAUGGAGACUGUGAUGAGCUGUCUCCCCUGGGUCUCAGUGCUCGUCUCAACAGUCUCGCCUGCUCCAUGUCCUUCCAUCAGGGCGAGAGUGUCAGCAUGGUCAAACUCAUAGAGCAGGCGAGACACACCACUUACGGCAUUCGCAAGUGCUUCCUCUUCCUACUGCAGUGUCAACUGACGCUGGUCAUCAUUCAGUUCCUGGCCUGUCUUAUUCAGCUGCCUCCUCCCAUGAAUAUAACAGACAUACUGUGGCUUUCCUGCUUCUGUUACCCACUGCUAAGCGUGUCCUUCCUGGGAAAACCUCCUGACAGUUCAGUAAUGACAGUCGCUACUGGAAAGAAUCUGGACUCCAUACCACGCAAGACUCAGCACUACUUCCUGGGCUGGUUCCUGUUGAAGUUCGGUCUGACGAUGUUAGCCUACUUAGUCGGCUUUGGGUUUUCUCUGCAGGAAGUGUGUUCUAGAGCAGCUAACCUCACAAAAAUAUAUAACCGCAACAUCACCUGCUCUCACAUAUUCGUAUCCAGUGUAUACAGCUCCCAGGAUGGCCCGCAGUGGUUUGGGGAAUUGUCCAAUGGGCUGCUUUUGAUUCAGAAGAUCAUGGCAGGUUUUCUGGCUUUGCACACAGUGGUCAUCUCUCUGAGCUAUGUGCACCGUUCACAACCCCUGUGGAGGAGGAACCCCUUCAGUAACACAUGGUGGUGUCUCACAGUGCUUGUGGUAUUGUUGGGACAGGUGGUUCAGGCUGUGAUAGAUUAUCAGUUGUGGCAGGACAGGAGUACAGCGAUGUUCUUCACGCUACAUCACAUUCCCCUCUUUAUCUGGCUGUUGGUCUCUCUGUCCAUCGUACUUGUGGUGCUAAUCAAUGAAGCAGUAAAACUGCAUGAAAUCAGGGUACGAGUGCGUUACCAGAAGAGGCAGAAGCUUCAGUUUGAAACUAAGCUGGGGAUGAACUCUCCCUUCUGACCUGUGUCUGUCCGGGACACUUAAGCGUCAUGUUCAUUUCAGUGGUGGAGAAGAUGAAGACUAAUUUGGAUUUCCUUCCAGCAGAGUGCUUCCUGCAACACCUCCAAUGGGCAGAACUCUAUUUCUCCCAUGAAUGCCACUGAGGGCUGUGUUUUGAAUCAGUAAGAUCCUAAACUAUCUUUUGAUUAAGGCUUUACUCAAAGUAAAGAUUUAAUCUGUGUUAUUUGAGGGAUGUUCACCUGCAUGCUGCUUUGGUUUGGACAGGGUCAUUUAAUGGAGGGAUUGUUUUUCAGUGAGGCCAUUCCUUUAUCCCCUUCAAAACCUGAAACUGUAAUGCACGAUAUAGAGAAUAUAUACCAAAAUGUACAAUGGAGGGCUAAAUUAGCAUGAUCUUUUACUUACUUUUUAUUUUUUUUAUUUUUUAUUAGAUGUUGUGAAAAGGGGAUUAUAUUGAUUUCCUUUGUUUCAAACACGAAACAGUUGACCGCUCAUGAGAUGAGCUUUAGCUGUAGGUUUUCUGUGUUCAUAUUUUAGCCGUAUGGUUCUUUGUCACACGUGCAGUUCAUUUAGUACAUCAUACAAGCUUGUUGAAGCCUGUUUUAACAGGUUAUAAUGUGAAUGUCAUCACCACAACUUACCUCAUAUUCCGAGGGGAAAUAUUUCAUUCUGUUUUCUUUUGUGCUCAAGUGAACUCAUUUACAAGAAUUUAUCAGCUAGAGCAACUUAGCUGAGAAGCUUAGCUUCCAAAAUCAAAUGCAGUCAGUGGGAGACUGUGUAAACUCAUUUACUAGCUCACCUAGAACCAGUCAGGCUUUACGUCUCAUUUUCUCUUACAAAUCAAUAUCAGAUGAAAUGCAUGAGUAGCUGAUAUCUUUUUUUAGUCCUUUUUUAAACUCCUUUUUCACUGAAAAGUUCUUAAAGUUAAAUCCAAAACGAAGACUUUUUAAGCAGGCCAAGCAAUAGCUUUCAAGCUGAAGGGAGAAUGUUCCAUCUUGUUCUCAUUCUGUCAAUAGUUUUUUUU